AUGUUCUUCAAAACUUCCACCAUUGCUGCCGUUGCAGCUCUUCUCCGUGCUGGCGAAGCCCUCCCCCCUGCUCGGAAUGACAGCGUAAACGGCGUCCCGGCCAUUGGAAAGCGCUGGCUCGACUGCAACAGACCUGUGCAGGGCCUGUCCCUGGACGACUGCCAGCACAUGUCCAAGAUUGGCUUCGGCUCGAUGGGCAAGAACAGCGACCACGACAACGGCGCCAUCUGGGUCGGCGGCGACGGGCCCACGACCUUUACCUUUACCAACCGGGCCGACGAGGGCGUGACCGUCGUCAUGUGGCUGCAGACGGACUACAAGUCGAGCUUCGUCAACGUGCGCCAGCCGUACGUGACGUAUUCGCUGCCGAGCCCGGGCGACGCCGUCACCGUGUCCGCGGCGCAGGGCAUCUCGGGCGCCUUUGCCGCCCUCCACCGCGACACGACGCUCAGGGACGGCCACAUCUUCAACACCUGGGGCGAGUGGUCCACCGGGCCCUACGCCACCGUCGACGUCUCCCGCCUGCCCAACAUGGACGGCGACCGCAUCGAGAUUGAGACCCCCGGCGGCUGCCGCGCCAACAUGGACCGCUGCGUCUUCACCUGCAAGAGAGCUAGCCGCUGCGGCGCCUCGGGCGAGUACAGCCUGCAGAGUUGUGAGGCGCACUCGCAGGCUGGAAACCCGCACAUCGGCCAUGACCAUCAGUUCGUUAUCCCCGUAGGCGCGAGUGAGAGAACUCGGAACAGUGAAGCUGACAAUUUGUCUAGGGGCAACCCAACCGGCGGCUGCGGCGGCUUCGAGAAUGGCGGCCACGUGACUGUUGGCUUGUUCUAA